CGCAGAACCACAGCCUGUGCAUGGUUGGGUCAGAUGGGCCGUCCUCCGCUGGACCUGCGCGCCAUGCUCGUGUUUGCCAGAGUACUUGGAAUUUCCCACCACCAAAUUUGUACAUUUUCCACGGCUACUCUGAACGACACCAUUAACGGCUGCAUCCGCAACGGGCAUAUAACUAAUGCUCGCAGACUCUUCGACCUGAACCCCUCAUCCCGAAAUGUUGUCUCCUGGAAUUUAAUGAUCUCCGGCUACGUGAAACACCACCAAAUCCAACACGCUCAGCUAGUGUUCGAUGAAAUGCCCGUAAGAGACGUUGUUUCAUGGAACACCAUGUUGACGGGUUUACAGAAGAUCAGAGACCCAGGAGGGAUCUACAAUUAUUUCCUACAAAUGGGAAGGGAUGGAUUGAAACCCAACGAAUUCACCUUCUCAAUAAUCAUCAGCGCUCUGUUGGACACUUCAUUUAGCUCUUUGAUCCCACAGUUCCACUGCCUCACAAUUUGUUCGGCUCUAAAUUCGAGUGUGUUUGUUGGGUCGGCAUUGAUGAGGGGUUACACUGAUUUGAAGGGCCGCGUAGCUCUACAGCGUGUUUUUGAGGAGAUUUUGCCUAAGGACGUCACAUCAUGGAAUGCGUUGGUUUUGGGCUAUAUGGAUCUGGGUUUAACAGCUGAGGCUCGGAGAUCUUUCGAGAUGAUGCCCGGGAGGAAUAUUAUUUCUUGGACGACUUUGGUUAAUGGUUAUAUCCAGAAUAGGAAACUUGAUGAAGCCCGGUCUAUUUUCAAUGAAAUUAGUGAAAAGAAUGUUGUCUUGUGGACUGCAAUGAUAAGUGGGUAUGUACGGUAUGGUUGGCUUGUGCAAGCUUUGGAGCUGUUUUUACUGAUGUUGAAAUCGGGAUCCCAGCCCAAUCACUUCACAUUUGCGAGUGCUUUAGACGCCUGUGCUGGUUGCUCCUCGCUCCUCAUGGGUAAGCAACUUCACUCCAAAAUCUUGAAAUCUGGGGUUACUCUUGAUGUGAUCUUGUCGACUUCUCUUGUUGACAUGUACGCAAAAUGUGGGGACAUUGACGCGGCAUCCCGCGUUUUCAAGGCCAUUCCAAAGAGGAAUUUGGUGUCGUGGAAUUCAAUCAUUGGGGGUUACGCAAGCCAUGGCCUUGCAUCUAGAGCUUUGGAAGAGUUCGAGAGCAUGACAAGGAGUGGUGUCAAUCCUGAUCAAGUUACUUUUGUGAACAUUUUGUCGGCAUGCGUGCAUGGUGGUCUGGUUGAAGAAGGUGAAAAGCACUUCAACUCCAUGGCAACCAAGUAUGGAAUCAAUGCAGCAAUAGAGCACUAUGCUUGCAUGGUGGGUCUAUACGGUAGAGCAGGUUAUCCAGCGAAGGCCGUCAGGUUGAUUCAAGAAAUGCCUUCGGAACCUGACUUGGUCGUGUGGAGUGCAUUGCUUGCAGCAUGCAGGUUGCAUUCAAAUAGCAAAGAGGAUGUACAAAGUGGAGAAAGAUCAUCAUCCUGCUGUAUAUAUAACUGAGGUGAUAUGAACCUUCUAACUAGUUAUAUUUCUCAUAAAGCACACAGCUGCUUCACCUACUCCUUCCAAUCCCAGUGACAAUGAAACUGUCCUCACAAAUUCAGGAAUGCAGAAGCCAAGCCUUUGUCGCUGGCAACUGCCAGGAUCAAACUAAAUCAGCAUUCAUUCAAUUCACAAAUAAAAUUCCCUCAGGGGCAUCACCAUAAUCUAUAAUCUGAAAGAAUUGGUCUGUAUACCACUACAAGAAAAACGAAAAACUUUAUUUCGAGGCUAUGGUUACAAGGAUGUACAGAAACUGAAUACAGUGGUCCCUAUAUUAGAUCAAAGGUGGGCAACAUAGUGAGUGAAGCACUUGCUUUCAUACAACAGCUAUUAACUUGGUCCUCAAUGACUAUUUAAUGAAAACUCUGCCCUAUCCCGACCUUCUAAAUUUGAACCAGAGGCCUGCUCUGCAAAGCUGCACAUAAGAAAACACUGAAAUUAAUAUUUGUUCACACGACCAAAAUGCAUAAAGAGGAACCUACGCAGCAGCCUGUACAAGGAAGCAAAUCAUGCUCUAAUGUAAACUCACAAAUUCAGACUGUACAAACAAAUGGUGGUUUAACUAUAUAAUCUGAACCCAUAGUUAAGCCCCCACUAUAAGCAAUAAUUACAUGUAAAAGAACUCCUACGGAUCAAACAAAAUCUGGCUGAACAAAAAGAUUUGAAUUACAAAAUACAAGAACUACACCGGUGACAAGAAAAUAAAUAAACACCUCGCCAUUAUCACAAUGUCAAACGGUUCUAUGUCAUUACUCUAAUGCCAUUUCAUCUAUCAUUAACAAACAGUGAUGGAUGGUUGCCCACCUACGUUCUUUCAGUAACCCAUUAGAUAUUUCUUACCUGUAGUUGAUGCCUAAAAACUUAAAAUUGCUUGAAAAAAAAAAAAUCAAUAUAGAAAUGCGUAUGCAUGUGCAUUAUAUAUAUACAUG